AUGUUUCUGGUGGCGCUUUCCAUCUGCCUCUGGAUCGACGUUAACACAGCAGCGGAUCUGCUUGUAGGGGGGAUAAGGGCGGCUGCACAGCUCUCAGCCGUUGGAUUCGCGAUCAAGUACAUCGUGGCCAUAGAAAGCGCGGAAGUGGCGUGUUCUGGAGUCGCUAUUAUGGUGCUGGCAGCAGCACACACAGCGUCUAAGAGAGCCAAGCGCGUGGCGGGGGGGUUCUGGGUGGCGCUCUGGGCAAUAGGAGCCGCCGUCACACUCGCCUUCUCUCUGCUUGCGGGCCUGCAGGUGGUUCGGCUGCGACCAGGGUUUGUGAUUCCCAUUUCAGGGCUUGUGGUGGGCAGCAGCAUGACCAUUGCAGCCAACACCAUGCAGCGACUCGCAGACGACUUUCAACAGAGGAGGGGAGAGGUGGGUUCCUAUCUUGUAGCACGGGGAAUCGUAGUUGGAAUGGAAGGGAUGUAG